AUGGAUAUCCCCUCAACUCAUAGUCCGAUCAAGUUCGGCUUUCCAUCAUUGAAGCUUUUCACUCUUCCUCCAAGCCAACCUUACAAGCCCACCCCACGGCCUCCGCCGACCACGUCUCCCAAUGUGCUUGCAAAGUCUCUUUUCCAGAGGAUCAAUAUCGACCCUGGAUUGUUCUAUGCUUCUCUUGACAUCAAUUUCGUUCUCACCUUUACCGCGCUAUACGUUACCAUGGUCCUUUACUUGAAUCAGUAUAAUGUCAGUCGGCAAUACCGGCCAUGGCGUUUCACCAAAACAUCCACAUUCAAAGUCCUGGUUGUGGCGCAUAACGCCUUCCUCGCCCUGUUCUCGGCGUGGACUUUUUUCUCACUCUUCACCAUCUUAUUCCCCGUUUGGGAUUUGGCUGUUGCGGAAGCGGGGCCUAAUUAUUACGCCCAUGUGGCAGAGCUGCUCUGUGAAACGGAUUCCAGUGCAUAUCGAGUGCUGCCAAUCUCAAAAAGUCUCUGGGAAGCAGGAGGCAGUUAUGUUGGCUGGCUCUUUUAUUUGAGCAAGUUCUACGAAGUCAUAGAUACGUUGAUCAUCCUCGCGCGAGGAAAGAAGAGCUCUACAUUACAGACUUACCACCACGCCGGGGUGAUUAUCUGUGGCUGGGCAACAGUGCUAUAUGAGUCCCCAUUGGGUGCUAUUGGUGUGGUUUUGAACUCGGCGAUCCACACGUUGAUGUACACAUACUUCACACUUCAAACCCUCGGAAUCUCUGUCCCUGUGAGCUUCAAACGCUCUUUGACCAAGCUUCAACUUGCACAAUUCUUCGUCGGCUGGAUCUGGGGCUAUACGUACUUGUUCAUGAGCUAUAGAGUUCCUAUUGAUGUGACUGCAAAGGACAUCAAUAAUGGAUCAACACCGGUAUUGAAGGAAGGAAUCUCGACAAGUGAGAAUGCAAUCUCGUGCUUGAGUGAUAGUGGGGAAGCCUUCACCAUAAUCGUGACGAGCAUCUACAUUAUUCCCUUGAUCUAUCUCUUUGCGCAAUUCUACAUUAAAGCAUACAUGAGACAGGGCAAAUGA